AGCGGCCCUAAGGCGGCGGCAGGGAACAGCCUUCCUCACUCCUGACUUCCGCCUGCCUCGAGUCUGGAGUCGUGGCCUUCCCCGCUCGUUCCCCUCAGCCUGCGGCGUCCGACCAUGUUUGGCCUGCGGAGAAACGCGGUCAUCGGCUUGAACCUGUACUGCGGCGGCGCUAGCCUCGGCGCGGGCGGCGGUUCUCCGGCAGGGGCGCGCCUGGCGGCCGAGGAGGCCAAGGCGCGGCGCGAGGGGGGAGGGGAGGCCACUCUGCUGCCCGGCGCGCGGGUGGUCGCCCGGCCGCCGCCCGUGGGCGCCGAGGACCCCGACGUCACCGCGUCGGCAGAGAGGCGGCUGCAUAAGUCGCCCGGCCUCCUCGCCGUGCCGCCCGAGGACAUGGCCGCGUCGGCCGCCGCCGCCGCCAUCAUGUCUCCCGAGGAGGAGCUGGACGGCUACGAGCCGGAGGCGAUCAGCAAGCGCCCGGCCGUGCUGCCCCUGCUGGAGCGCGUGAGCGACGCGGCUAAGAGCUCCGGAGCCGACGGCUCGCUGCCCUCCACGCCGCCGCCGCCCGAGGAGGAAGACGACGAGCUGUACCGCCAGUCGCUGGAGAUCAUCUCGUGCUACCUGCGGGAGCAAGCGACCGGCUCCAAGGACUCGAAGCCUCUGGGCGAGGCCGGCGCGGCGGGCCGCAGGGCGCUCGAGACCCUGCGGCGGGUGGGCGACGGCGUGCAGCGCAACCACGAGACCGCCUUCCAGGGCAUGCUUCGGAAACUGGACAUUAAAAACGAAGACGAUGUUAAAUCUUUUUCUCGAGUGAUGGUCCAUGUUUUCAAAGAUGGCGUAACAAACUGGGGCAGAAUUGUGACUCUUAUUUCCUUUGGUGCCUUUGUGGCCAAACACUUAAAGAGCAUAAACCAAGAAAGCUGCAUCGAACCAUUAGCAGAAAGUAUCACAGAUGUUCUUGUAAGGACGAAACGGGACUGGCUUGUCAAACAAAGAGGCUGGGAUGGGUUUGUGGAGUUCUUCCACGUUCAGGACCUAGAAGGCGGCAUCAGAAAUGUGCUGCUGGCUUUUGCGGGUGUUGCUGGAGUAGGGGCUGGUCUGGCAUAUCUAAUAAGAUAGCCUUGUGAGUGCAAUAGGUGACUCUUAAAACUCCAGCCACCAAACUACAUGCUUCUGUGAAACAAAUGUAUUUAUGAAGGUGGACUUGAAGCUGCCCAGGAUAUUAACAGUCCAGUUCUACUGUAGCAACAUAGCAGAAAGAAAGUGGCUACGGGAUUGUGGCUAACAGAAUAAAUACGUGGGAAAAGUGCUCCUUCUGGAAGAGUCACUGUCUGAAUGAAGCAAAGUUCCCUCUCAGCAAACAUUGGGAGGCCGUGGAGGAGGAGGACUUCUAGAAUGAAUGAAAGGGGUGGAUGGAAAGAAAGGUCUGACUUCCUUGUCUGGAGAUGGAAGAGGGGCCAGUCAUCAGGCUAGUUACAGAUUCAGUAAAUAUGCCGAAUCCAUUGCUCUGCUCAGUGUUGAGAGAGAAGCCCUAACUAACAACGCUGGGGACUUGUGUAAAGUGGAUUUGUAACCUACAGGUCACCAAACUGUGACUAGAAGCUGCAGUGCUGUACAGAUGUGAAGGGAGGCGCUCUCUGAGCAGUCCGGGUGUGCUGCUCUACAAGGUUCCACGUGCUCAGGACGAUUAGACCUGUCUGCUCUGGCUUGGUUUGGAUGAUUCUCAAGUUUAUUAGCCUAGUGGUGGCCAAAAAGUACUUGAGUUAAGGUUCACUAAUUAGUUACAAAACUGAACAGCCUCGAUUUUUAAGAAAACUUAAGAAAUGUAUUUGUCUGUAAAAAUUGUAUAUAUUUUUACAGAAAGUCUAUUUCUUUGAAGGAAGUCUUGGAUUUAGUUUUUUCCAUACCCUUUUGAAAUUUGCAGAUUCUGUAGUUAGAAAUGUAUUUCUUACUGCUUUUUAAAACUUUGCCAUCCUGCCAUCCGUUGUAGUGUACUCGCAGAACUGGUUGUGUGUGUGGACUGGUUGUAGUUGAAGAAAUGGGAUUUAUAACUAUGCAGGGUUAAUUAUCCAAUCUGUUUUUGUAUUUAAGGAUCACAGGUAGGUGUAAGACAUUGGGUCCCCUGUUGACUUACUGAAUUGUAAAGCAGGUUAGAAUCUUAACCAUGGUGCUAUUCACAGGGUUUGCUUGUUUAACACAAGUUUAAGCCUGGUGUCAAUAAAACAAGUAUGUAUUUCUUUUCUACUAAUGAUUGCCAAGCUUUGUUUUGGAUUUCUGUGUUGGUCGCUCUAGGUGUAACCAUUCCUUCCUCUCCUUCCCUUACAUGUUGGCUGGUUAUGUAUGUCCCCUGUAGAUACAGCCGUCUGCAUUUCCUCCCUGUGCUCUUGACUGGCCAAUUUAGUUAUCUACAUGAAAACUCCCACCCCAACCCCCAAAACUUUGAACUGAAGUAAACCCUCCCCAUCCUAAUCAGAGUCAGCUCUACUUUCUUGUGAAAGGAUAGUAAUGCUUCCUCUUGGAGCCCUGUGGCCAACAGUAAGCAGGUAUGGGCAUUCUUGGAUUGGCAUGUUUUCCAGUGUUAUCCUAUUUAAGAUAAGACAUCAAAGGUCCCCUUGGGAAUUUGAAAAACUUGGAGUGAGCUGCAUUAUUCCUUUAUUAGUUUGCUCGAAGUAUGACUAUGUUCCCUUAAGUUUAGAGAAACACAGGUUCUGUUAACCCCAGUUAUCCCGACGCCACUGUUAAAAAACUGAACGUGUUUCAGCUAGGGUCAUCUGAAAGCUUCAGCCUCAAAAUGUGACCUUUAGUCAGGACUGCAGAUAAAAAUAGGCAUGAAUCAAGUGACUAAGAAUGUAAUGUGGAAGAAGUGCCCUGCCUGCCCGGCUCAGCCAUAGGCCAUCUGGCUGGAGUGAUUUGUACCUAUGUAUUUAUCCUUGACCAUAAUUUGCUUAUUUAUGUUUCUCUCUGGACUUAAGAGCACUUUAUGUAGUUGAGUAAACCCUAUAGGUUGAGGUGACUGAAAGGUUAGUCUCUCAUAAUCCAGACAUGGAAGUUGUGUUUACUAGGAGCCUGACCUCCCAGCUCACAAGGUGUGAAGGCUGAAGUGCAGACAGGGUCUUAGUAGGUGUUUGUGGUCUGGGGCCAUGAAGACGUGGGAGCUGCAGUGCCUGGGAAGGAGUGACUUAGAGGGAGAAGAAGCACGUGGUCUGAGUGCUGACGCUGGAAUAGUAGAGGCACAUCCUCCAAGGAGAAGAGGGACGGGCUGCGUGCAAAGACGGCUCUCAGCAACUUCUGUUUGUCUUACACAUCUCUCAGGGAAAACCAUGCCGUCUUCAAGCAUCUUCCAUGUACAUCCUGUCUAGGUGAACACCUUCAUUCUGAAUGAGCACCUAACACAACUGUUCCCGAGAGGGUUAGGACCAACUGCAAGUUACUGUGGGUUGUAAAUGUUUCCCAAACUUCUGUUUCUUCAGAGGAAGAAAAUAAACCUUUUUCCCCCCAAAGUGA